AUGGCAGGAGUUACAGCCAGAUACUCCUCAACGAGGUUCCAGGACCCAGCCCAGAAGGAAUACUUCUCGUUUGAGGAAGUAGUACUGAAGGGCUUGGCAUCAGAUGGAGGACUAUUCCAUCCGCACUCAAUACCAAAUAUACGCAGUGAACUUCAGUCAUGGCAGGACCUCUCCUUCUCAGACCUUGCAUUCAACAUCAUGCGGCACUUUAUUGACGACUCAGAGAUCUCCGACAGUGAGCUGAAGACCAUUGCUGAUUCCUCCUACACUCCCUUCCGGUCAAAAGACGUCACCCCUGUCAUCCCUCUGAGCAAAUCUUCACAUCUUUACCUCAUGGAGCUGUUCCACGGCCCGACGUUCGCAUUCAAGGAUGUAGCCUUGCAAUUCCUUGGCAACCUCUUCUCGUUCUUCCUGGUCCGGAAGAACAAGUCCGUUCCAUCGAAUGCCACACGACACCACCUGACUGUGAUCGGGGCUACAUCUGGAGACACAGGGUCCGCUGCGAUCUACGGCUUACGCGGCAAGCCUGACGUCUCCAUCUUCAUCAUGUUUCCACACGGCAAGGUGUCCCCUGUGCAGGAACUUCAGAUGACCACAGUGCCCGACCCUAACGUGCACUGCCUGUCAGUCACAGGGACGUUCGACGACUGCCAAGACUAUGUCAAAGCUCUAUUCUCGGAUCCAGAGACCAACAAGAUUCACCACCUGGCUGCAGUCAAUUCCAUUAAUUGGGCGCGUAUCCUUGCCCAGAUAACAUAUUACUUCUCCGCCUACUUCCAGCUACUUCGACAGCAACCAGAUCUGAAACGAAUUCGGUAUGUCGUACCCACUGGAAACUUCGGCGAUAUUUUGGCCGGCUACUACGCCUCAAGGUUGGGUCUGCCGGUCUCGAAGCUCAUCAUCGCCACAAACGAGAAUGAUAUUUUGCACCGCUUCUGGGAAACAGGCACAUACUCGAAGUCGCCAAAACCAGCAUCUGAACCGCACGAAGGCAUACCUGAGGACGGGGCGAAAGCCCACGAAGAAGGCGUCAAGGAGACGUACUCGCCAGCCAUGGACAUUCUGGUCUCGUCGAACUUCGAGCGUCUCCUGUGGCACCUGACCUUCGAGCACGAGUGUAACCUGAACCCGCAUGUCAAGUCAGAAUUAUCUGUGCGACAAGCUGGCAAGAAGAUCAACGGAUGGUUCCAACAGCUAAAGAACACAGGCAGCUUCACCGUCGACCCCGAAAUAUUGGAGCUUGCAAGAGAGUUGUUCACUAGCUACCGUGUCAGCAAUCCUGAGACGCUGGACAUCAUCAAGGGAGCAUAUCGUGGAGAAGCUAUCGAACACAAAGGCUACGUGCUAGAUCCACACAGUGCAAUUGGCGUAGCGGCAUCGUUGCGCGAGCUGCAGAAGGCGAGCUUGGCGCCAGGCGAGGUGGUAGUCAGUCUGGCUACAGCACACCCUGCCAAGUUCGCUGGCGCGGUCGAACUGGCGCUCAAAGAGGAGGCUGAUUUCAGCUUCGAUACUGUGCUGCCAGAAGAAUUUAAAGGUUUGGACGCUCUCGAGAAACGAGUUGUGAGAGUGGAGGAAGGCAAAGGCUUGCCUGAGAUUCGAGAUCUGAUCACUAAAGAGGUGGAAAAGGAGAGGGCGGAAAGAAAUGGAGCGGCUCAUGAUUGA